AUGCAGCUUAUUUUUACAAAGAAAUCUAAAGUAUAUGCUAAAAUGGGACUAGUUAUGGUAGCAACUGUUUUUCUGUGCAUAUUAUCAUGGAAGGUUGUUUCGAGGUAUAGACAAAAAAAUUCACCAAAAUUUAAUUUAGACUCUAGCACUAUAAACAACUUACAAAGAACUGAUUUGGAAAAGCAGAACUCCUUAUGUCUUUCUAAUGAUGGCACAGAUGGAUUAAAUAUAAAGAAUUCUCCCUGCACCAGUACAUUAGAGACCACAGACCAGAACACUACUAAUGUUAUAGAGAAUCGGCCAGGCAAAAGCACUUCUGAUAGUAAUUUAAAAGAUAUCCCGGUUCCAACAAAAAUGGAUUCCCCAGAGCAAAUAAGCAAUGCCUCAGGAAACACGGAAAAUUUUUUGAGUGAACAGAUAGUAUUUGAUGAUUUAGAGUGCUUUAAUUUAUUGGAUGAUAAUAUGGAUUUUGAUGUGCCAGAGCUAUCUGUUAUUCGUAAAAAGCUAGACGACUCUACUAAAUCCUUGGAGUUAAGUGGUGGGUAUAUAAAAACAGCGACUGAACUUUUAACUGACAUAAAAAGCAGCAAAGAAGAUAAAUAA